UUUAAUAUAUAUACACGAAACUCGGAGAAUGUGAGGGUGGAGUACGUGCAGGAGUCCCUAAGUGAUGUUUGUUUAUAUAAGCCACCUUUAGCACACGCUGUAUGGAAGACAAAAAAAGCGAUAUUGGAAGAAUUUCAGAAAAAGUUGACGUGUAAGAGAGAGAAAGCGCAACAUCCCAAACAUUAUGUCAUGGAUGUGAUGCCGUUGUUAUUGGCUUUCGUUGUGCCAUAUGUACGCUAAUCACGAUAGACGUUCCUGAAUUUUCUAAGUUUGAUGACCAGAAUCUAUUUGAUUAUUGUUUUAGUUAUCGUAGAUCUCUCCUUGAUACGAGACUACUGAACCCAACUUAGAAGAUCAAUCUCUGAUAACCAAUGUACAACUCAGGAAUUGAGUAAAACACUACAUCUUAAUCUUUUUAUGAUCAUUUUUGUCAAAUUUAGUAAGUCCACAUGUUCUAUCGAGUGUCUGCAUGUCUAGUCCUGUGUGCCACCUAGUGUAUGAAUUAUAUACUAGUUUUCUCUUGCAAUUUACGCGAGUAGUCAUAAGGUGAUGAUGAAAUGGAGAAAAUUAUGAUCUGAUUCAUUAUGAAAAGAUGGUGAUUGAAAUGACUUUUUUUAUGCCUGACAGUCGAAUAUUGAUUAUCGUGAUCAAGCGAUGAAAUGGUUGACAAUGUCUAAAAUUACUUGUGAACGUUGUAGAAAACUUUUGUCAAACACAAGACCCAAUUCCUCAAAAGACAGUGGCAUUUAUACAGUUCCUGUCUGUUGUUGUGAAGUGUCACCGAAUUCGUUUGGUACAAUUGGACAAGUAUCGCUGGAUGUUCACAGUUGUCCUGGCGCUCAUAACCCUUCCUAUCGUUACUCCCAGUCAUCAUUUCCAUCAAUAAACAAGAGUAUCUCAGCAAGUCUUAACGCCUCCAGCGCUACCUCGUCUCCUGCCAGGUUAAGAAAACAAUCAUGCUGGGCAUGGACGUUGUUAAUUGGAGAGCCAAAAACUACUACUUGCCGGAGAAAGGGUUUUGCUGUUUUGAUUGCCUUGUUAUUGUUAGUAGGAGCGGGACUUAUAGCAGGCCUUUAUUUCAUUGUCGAUCAUGCCAAGUCAUUUCAGAGGGAAGGUCAUUAUGGUCACUUGAAACAAACUUUUCUUAGGACAGUAGAUGGAGAGUUUAAAGUGACCAACAGAGAGUUCAUACCACAACUAACAAAUAAUUUCAGCCUACCCUACUUAAUGAUGGAAAGAGAAAUUUUGUACUCUAUUGACCGACUUUUUGAACAAACUCCUCUAGCUGAAAUAUAUAACAGGACUGUCAUUAUGAAAUUUAGGCCAGGAAGUGUUACUGUAAAUUGUCGUGUGUUUUUCAAUACUUUACUUCAAAAUGGAACAGAAGAUGUAGGACAGGCCUUUAGACAAGUACUUAAACGGAGUAAUGGCUAUUUGCCUGGAAGAUUGCUUAAAGUACACAUUGAAUCUGUGAUAUUUAGGCCUAGUGCAACAUGGUCACUAUGGAGUCAGUGGUCAUCGUGUCUUCACAAUAAUCACUGUGAUCCAAAUAUUACACGUAAAAGGUCACGGCACUGCCAAAGUGCUUUUGGAAAGGAGAUGGUGCUUAGUAAUGAAGCUUGCAAAUGGCAAGGAGGGUUUUCAGUUGAAGAACACGAGUGUGUGUGUCAUCCAUCUGAUGUUUCAACAGAGUGGUUACCAAAAACCAUUAAUGCCAACACAUUAUAUUCCAUAACCAGUCCAAACUCUGUAACAACUACUGAAACUACUACAGUUAAUCAGUCUUCUACAACAAAACUUCAAACUCCUACAACUAUUCAGUCUUAUACAAAGUUUUGGAUUACUACAACUGCGCGAUCUCCCACAAGCACUCAGUCUUCCACAACUACACGAUCUCCCACAAGCACUCAGUCUUCCACAACUAUACGAUCUCCCACAAGCACUCAGUCUUCCACAACUAUACGAUCUCCCACAAGCACUCAGUCUUCCACAACUAUACGAUCUCCUGCAAGCACUCAGUCUUCCACAACUAUACGAUCUCCUGCAAGCACUCAGUCUUCCACAACUACACGACCUCCCACAAACACUCAGUUUUCAACUACUCAAACUUCCACAGCUAUUCAUAUCAGUACAGCUCCAGACACUGUAUCAGUUCCUCCUGUUACUACAACUAAAGGAACUACCAGAUUGAAUCCCAUGCCUUCAACAUUGAAUAAGCCAAGUGAUAAUUCUGCAGUCAAUAACAGACGACCAUGUCAUAAAUGUAGUACUGGAGAAAUAUGCCUUCUAAGGCCAGGAGAAAUAGUUCCUUACUGUAUAGCUGUAAGAGAAACCGGUAGUUCCAAGGAUUGUGGGGGAUGGUGUAAUGGUUCAUUUGAACUGUGCAAAAAACUUGAUAAUAUCACCUAUCAAUGCAUUGAUCAAACAGAAUGUUUAUUUAAUGAAUGGAAAUGUGGUAAUGGAUUAUGCAUUCCUGAAGAAAGAAGAUGUGAUGGACAUUUCAACUGUUAUGAUGACACAGAUGAGCUGGAUUGUGUAUGUUCUAAACAAGAAUUUCACUGUGGAAACUGGACUUCCUGCAUAAAACUCUCGCAAAGAUGUGAUGGUAACUAUGAUUGUUGGGAUGGAACUGAUGAAAUUAACUGCUUUUCAGCAUGUUCCAGUACUGAAUUCACCUGUAUGAAUGGUCAGUGUAUCCCAACCAAUCAAGUUUGUGACAGUUAUAAUGAUUGUGAUGACCAGAGUGAUGAACCCAAUGGGUGUAAUUCACAGUGUACAGAGAAUGAACACCAAUGUACAAAUGGUCGAUGUAUAGCACAUUCAGGUUUGUGUGAUGGAAUAGAUAACUGUGGAGAUAAUAGUGAUGAAUAUGACUGUGGCAAGGUCUUUCCACAUCUCCAGUUUUAAUUUCAGCAGUAUGAGAGUGCAUUAUAAGAUUCUAGGGUUAAAAAAAACAAUAUAAAAACUUGUGUACAUAGUUGGUGACUUACAGGACUGUGUCUGUAUGUGGGGGUAAUUUAUUGUGAGAUUUGUUUUCUUUUACUUAAAUUGACACUGUCCCUAUUUUUCAAAGUCCCGAGUAUGAAUUAGGAGUAUUUUACAGUAUUAGCCACAAGCAUUUGUGAAAAACAACAUAAUCAAGAAAAGCUUAGAUAAUAAUAAUAAUGUUGUAUUUCUGUUUCUUUUGUUUCAGAAAUCAGUUUAAAGCUACUGUGUCAUUUAAGUUAAGUUUUAUUGGAGAAUAAUGUGUGUAUAUUAGAUGCUUAGUUGGAAACUGCCAAAUGCCAUUAUAAAGUCAAAUGAGGUAAAGCAACCAUGAAAGAAAUGCUUGUGAGAUGUGUUUUUAAAAAUUAAAACAUCUGGACUUGUCCAAACAACUGAUGUGCUAAAGUUAAUAAACUUACAAGGUGAGAAAACAUACAAACAAUUAGUAGACAAGUUUGCCAGGUUUUACCAUAUUAGAUUAUUUAUACUUUAUCCAUUUUGGUCUUUAGUGAACAAGUGCUAAUUUCUUGAAGAGGAAAAUUUUUUAAACUAACUUACAAUCUUAUUGUUUCUACUUCUGAUCUGUAAUUGGAUUUCAGUGGUUUUAGUUUUUAAGCAUAUUUUUCAAGAUUUCUUUGUAACUUGUAUCUUUGAACUUACUGGAUUACAUUGUGGUGGUGAUAUAACCAUAAAUCAUUUAAUUCUUGGUCGUGAGCGAGAAUAUCUUGUAUGUAAUGUCACAUUUCAGAGCUAAGCCUUUGCUUGUGUAAAAUUUAUCCAGCAUUUCAUUUUAUCUGAUAUUUUUAAACAUGGAUUUAUGUACUGUGAUCCACAGUGAUUGAGGUUUAGCUUUGUAUUGUGGAGUCAACUACUUUCUGUAGAACAAAGCUGGUAAGUGAAACUUUGAUGUAUAUCUUUGAGUGCAGUAGCAUGAUAAAAUUUUUAAACUGUAAAUUAAAACCAACUUAUUUCAGCACUUUUACAUUAAAAGUUCAAUACUCAAGAAAGGUGUACUUUUCUUGACUAUCACAUUUUACAUAUCCCAUACUGAUUUUUAUCUUGCCUGCACAUUUGUUGUAGUAAACUGUGAAUUUGAAUUAUUUUAAACUUUUAGUUAACUUAUUACCUAAAUUAAACAGCAUCAACUUAUAUGAAAAUACAAAGACUGAAAGUGAGAGAAGAAAUGUUUUUAAAAACAACAACAACUAAGUUUUAGAAUUUAUUUGAAAUCCUUAGUAUACUUUGAAUUUGCAUUUUGGUAAGAAAAUGAGCCUAAAAAUGUUUUAAACACGGAUGAAGGUAAAUUGAGCUCUCAUGAAGCCAGUAGUGCUACAUAUGAAAAGGUGAAAAAGAAUUUAAUCUUAAUUUUCUUUAAUUUUAAUAUAAUAGUAAUUAUUGGUGCACAGUUAUAUAUACUACAGCUUUCAAAUUGCAUCAGCUGUUCCAAGUGUAAUAGUGUGUGAUAACAUACAAUAAAAAUUGUAAUUAAGGGACAGUUUUUCUUCAUCUCAAAAGAAAUAAAAGCAUUAGAAUCUCUAUUUUUGUAUAUUUUUAUGUAUGUAUGUGUGUCUGUGUCUAUACAUAUAUAUAUAUAUAUCUUUCCAAAUGAAAUAAUUUUUAGAAGCUCUUUCAAAUUAGGUUUCUCACAAUGUAUUCACUCUCAGAAGAUAAGAAAAUCAAAAUGGAAGAUUUGUACUUUUACUUAGUAGCUAAUUUACUAAAGUGUAUUAGUGAGGAAUGUAUAUAUAUGUACAGUGUGUAUUAGCUACUUCAAAAUAUUAUUUUAAAACUUACUUUUCAGAAUAUAUAUAUAUUGAUGUUUACAUCAUUUAGGACUAUCUGACCAAUGUGUGAUGUAAAGCCAUUUUAAUAGUGUAUUGUCAAUUAUAGAAGAUACAUUGAUUUUUUUUUUAUUUGGUACAGUGUCAAUUAAAAUCUUUUCACAUUA